AUAUAAGUAGGUAGGUAUGUUAUACAUUGUAUGUCCAGUCAUGUCCUGAAGCUAAUCCCCUAUUGGACUGUGUUUCAGCUCGUGACUUGUAAAACUACACCGACAUGUGGACAAUAGCCCUUUAAUAGCCGAAUUGUACAUCGUGUGUUGUAUAGAUAUUUCCCCAUGCAUGUAUACAGGUCUGUCGAGGGGUAAACAACACACUAAAUACGACAAGAACAAAAUGGCGCAGAUAUUUCUAGCCUCAGUCCUAGUGUUUCUACAGAUACUAGGUGUUGUGGGUGCGGAUAUAUGCUACGAGUACAGCUACAGUUUUGGCACAGAGCGAUACUACGGCUACUGCCCGGAGGGUUGUUGUGGGUAUACCUACGACCGGAAGUGCUGUGAAGAUGAAAGUUUUGAUGCUAGCAUUGUUGGUAUCAUCGCCGGAUGUGUUAUUGGCGGAAUCGUCUUUCUUGGUUUCAUCGUGUCCCUGGUGUUUUGCCUCGUGUGUAUGGGGACGAAUAAAACAGGCAAUAGAGGUCGUGUCAUAGUUCCCCUUACACAACAGCAAGGAGCGAGCAACGUGGCGUAUGUAAGUACCCAUGCGAACUGGGCCUACACUGGCCCCUAUCCAUCACAGCCACAAGUUCUGGGACAUACCAUGGGUUACUCCCAGUACGGACGGACCACGGGAACAUUCCCACAACCGCCUCCCUACGAGCAUCAACAACCCCCAAGCACAGCUCCCCCCGAAUAUCCUGCUUCGUCGGAGUUAUACGAUCCUCUGUCCUCGUCUGCACAAGGUCUCCCACCAAUAGAUGGCACCUCCACGCAACGAUUGCAAACGAGUCUACCACCAGUAAACCACGGAGGGAUAGAUACCUCUAAGGUGUGAAACGUGCGAAACAUACAGGUUUUCGUCUUGGAAAUGGAACACGACACUAAGAAACAGGUCACGCGUUACAUUUGGAAGUUCUUUGUAAAAUACAUGUUAACCGAAAUGUGUAUAAUAUGUAAAUAAGCAAAUGUAUUGUAUUAGCAUACAUUAUAAACGAAACAUAUAAAACGCGUUAUAACUGUAUGCCUGUUCGUCAGUCACUCGGUAAUUGAUCAUAACGUCUGUUGACAUCAGCUGCAUUAAUUAAUGAAUAAGGAAUUGAUACAUUGUAUUACUUUUGAUAUUAAAUUUUAUAAAACAUUUGAUCGGAAUACAACCUAUAUGUCUAUUGCAUCCAUUGGUGUGCAUAUCUGUCACAGGUGUAAACUGUAAAUGUACUUAUCAUUGGUGUGCAUGUCUGUCACAGGUAUAAACUGUAAAUGUACUUAUCAUUGGUGUGCAUGUCUGUCACAGGUAUAAACUGUAAAUGUACUUAUCAUUGGUGUGCAUCUCUGUCACAGGUAUAAACUGUAAAUGUAUUUAUCAUUGUGUUAUUAAAAAAUUCGCAUUUUUUUUAAUUAUUUCGAAAGUUCUAUAUUUUUAUAUCAGCUAUAUUGCUGACUGUAACUUGGAAAUUGUCGGCGGUGCGCUGAAAUAUGAUAACAUUAAAUAAAGCACAGUAACGGUGCCCUUUAUUAUUACUGUCACGUAACCGAGGUACGUGUACACUGAAGUAGGUAAAGAUAGAGUACGCUUUCCUUGUUUCUGUCAUGUUACGAAACUAUGCAUUUCUGUGAUAUCAAAAACACUACAAUACAGUUUAGGUUGUGAGAGGGGAAUGAGUACUUCCACUUUGUUGAAAUAUUUGAUUAUGCAUUUUUUAUCUUUCAUUUGUUAUGUUUAUAAAGGAUACCGAAGAAAGUUUCUUUGAUUUUUGGCCUCUUAGAUGAAAAUUGCCAUUUUUCGAUUUGAACAAAUAUUUGGUGAUUAGUAUUGCAUUAUUUUUCUCUAAUUAUAUUUGUUUCUUUAUUUUAAAUUGUUUAAAAAAUAAAUUUAAUGAUUUCUUAUUUUGAUGUUAAACAUUUUUAACAAUUUUGACAUGAAAAGUAGCAAUCAAGACGGCUAUUCUGUGGAAAAAGAAGUAUUUGCGUAUCGGUUCUCAAAAUAAGAAGUGACGUACAGCAUGAAAGGAAGAUAUUGAGUUAUUGUGUUUUGUAAUCCGUAUAUAUCUAUGUACUUAAGCGAAUCUGUGAUUUUUAAAUGAAGACUCUUUACCUAGGCAUUUACAUAAGUAUACAGUGUAAUGCAUGUUUUUUUUGUUAUAAUUUGUAUUGAAAAAAGCAGAUAAUUAACAUUCAGAGUCCCCCUAAAAGUUGCAUAGUCAACCAAACUGUCAGCCACUUAAAUAAGUCAUAUUCAAAGAACCCAGUUCAACAAAUUGAUUCAGAGGUGUGAUUUGGGCAUAUUGAACAUAGUGAGGUGAACACAGUCUGUGAUAAAUCAUUUAAAGUCGACGCUUUCAUAAAAUUUAUAACGGGGCAAACUGGCUUCUUGUGGCUAUGUGAAACCCCCAAAAUUGUUGUGAAAGGAUCCGGUAAUAUAUUUCAAGGUUCUAUCAAUGUUGAUGGACUUGAUAUAAAGUGUUCUCAUUCAUCAUUAGGUGAUGUUAGAAAAAACUUAUGUUUAUAACAGGACUAACUCAUACAUACAUGUAACACCACAAAAUUAAUGUUAUGAAGUGAUACUUCAUCUGAAGCUCGGUUAGCCUACGUUUUCCUUAUAAGUGUCUUAUGAAAUAUGUUACUGGGAUAUUUUACUAUACGUUGAGGUGUUUUGAAUGGCAUCAUCUAUCCAGAUUUGGGACCGGUAUAUAAGUGAACUUUAUAAAAUAAUAUGUCAUUCCGCAGCAUUCAUUUGGGUCGCAAUAAAGAUUGAUGUUUAUAAAGCCAAUAAACUAUUGUAACAAAA